CAUAUAUUAAUGCAUGAGCACCAUCUUCAUUCACUACUAAUUCAUAUAAUGAAGUAUUUCUACAACAUCUUCGUGUUAUGGAUUUUGUUAGUUACGCUGGAUAAAUGUUUAACCACGGAGGGUCUAGGCGUGAAUUGGGGGACGCGAGCAAGUCAUCCACUUCCACCUGAUAUUGUAGUGAAGUUGUUAAAAGAGAACGGAUUCAAUAAAGUAAAGUUGUUUGAAGCAGAUCCAGGAGUGUUGAAGGCAUUGGGUAGAUCAGGUGUUCAAGUUAUGGUUGGGAUACCUAAUGACUUGUUAGCACCAUUGUCCGCUAGUGUUCGAAAUGCUGAACAAUGGGUGCAACAAAAUGUUUCAUCAUUUAUUUCUAAGAAUGGGGUCGAUAUCAGGUACGUUGCUGUGGGAAAUGAGCCUUUUUUGAAAGACUACAAAGACACAUUCGUUAACACAACCUAUCCUGCCCUCCAAAAUGUUCAAGCAGCUCUUAUCAAAGCAGGCCUUGGUCGACAAGUGAAGGUUACGGUUCCAAUUAAUGCUGAUGUGUAUGAAACGGACACUGGAGUCCCCUCCGGUGGAAAUUUUAGAUCAGACAUUCAUGGUCUCAUGAUGAAAAUCGUCAAAUUCCUAAGUGAUAACGGAGGUCCUCUCACCAUUAACAUCUACCCGUUCCUUAGCCUCUACGCAGAUCCUCAUUUCCCAAUUGACUUCGCAUUUUUCUCAGGAACAUCAUCUCCUGUUGUGGAUGGGUCCAUAUCAUACACUAAUGUAUUCGAAGCUAAUUAUGAUACUCUUGUUUGGGCUCUAGAGAAAAAUGGAUUCGGGUCAUUACCUAUAAUUGUUGGAGAAAUUGGUUGGCCAACUGAUGGAGAUUCCAAUGCAAAUAUCGAGUAUGCUAAGAAGUUUAAUCAAGGUCUACUAGACCGAAUUAGCCGUGGCAUAGGUACCCCUAAACGUCCUACGCCACCAGACAUUUACCUUUUCGGCCUCGUGGAUGAAGACACCAAGAGCAUCCAACCAGGUAAUUUCGAGAGACAUUGGGGAGUGUUUUACUAUGAUGGAGCUAUCAAGUACCAACUAAAUUUAGGUAACAACCAAAGUUUGAAAGCAGCAAAAGGCGUUCGAUAUUUAGCUAGGAAAUGGUGUGUGAUGGCUCCUAAUGCUAAUGUUAUGGACCCUAACUUACCAGAUAGUAUCAACUAUGCUUGUAGUUAUGCAGAUUGCACGAGUCUUGGAUAUGGUUCAUCAUGUGGUGGAUUGGAUGUUAAGAGCAAUGCUUCCUACGCGUUUAAUAUGUACUACCAAACGAUGAAUCAACAGAAGGGGUCGUGUGAAAGGUUUCACAAUUUAUCGGUCAUUACAACGAUUGAUCCAUCUCCAUCCUCCUCUAAUUUUGGACGAACCUCUUCUAAUUGUCGAUUUGAGAUCAUGAUUGAUGUGGGGAGGCAUGAGACGAGGGUAAAUCCAGGAACGUCUUCGGCUACAAAGAUCAAACAUUUUUCUCUUGUUUUAUUGGUACUAGUAUUCAUGUUGCACUACUAAAAUACAUGUAUCUAUCUGCAUUAGGUGAUGGGAUACACAUUUAAAAGUUACAUGUAUAGUGAUGUGAUCUCUUGUUCUGUUCUACAAGAAAUAAUAUCUCAAGUUUUAUAUGUUUACA